AUGGGAUUAUGUGAUUCUAAACAUUUUAAGAAAUCUUAAACUUAUUUCAAAGAAUCAACUGCAGUUAGUCUCACUCCUAUAAUAAAUAAAAAAAAUAAUAAAAAAAGAAGUAAAACAAUAACAUUUUUGGAUACAAAAAUACACUAAAAUGAGGUUAUAUUAAAUCAAAAAAGCUUUUCUCCUCCACCAAAACUUUGCUUUUUUAGUAGUAAUCAGAGUUCCAAUGUAGAUAAAUUAUAGGGAUAAUUUAAAGGAACAAAAGAAAAGUUGAAUUAAGUAAUUUAAAAUAAAUAAAGCAAAUAAACACUUUUUGGAAAAACACUUAGAUUUUCACAUUCAUCAAAUAGAGUUUAAAGAUAAUUAUUUAAGCCUUCAACAUGA